UCAUCUUCGUUGUGAUCAUAUUCUUCCCCAUAUAUCAUAUAUGGUUUCAACAAUGAGUUGGUCGCUUCCUCGGAUUGCUUUUUUCAUGACGCUUUUGUUUUAUGGAUCCGGUGCAGGAGAACAACAGAUCAGGUGCAUAGAAGUGGAGAGACAAGCACUCCUCAAGAUCAAACAAGAUCUUCAUGAAAUCAAGGAAGGCUUUCUUUCAUCUUGGGGAAAUGAAGAAGAAAAGAGAGACUGCUGCGAAUGGUACGGAGUUCAGUGUUCCAACAACUCUGAUCAUGUCAUCGCUCUUGAUCUCUCCCCUUCAUCUCAUGUUGAACGUUAUGCUGUACUUUUCACAGAAGAUAAUGAUUUCCGGUUUCUGCAAGAGAUGCUCGGAAUAAAGAGCGCGCUUUAAUGCAGCUGGAGCUUUUGUCGUGUUGGAAUCAUGGUUUAGUCAGUGCCUUACUUUAAUGAGAUCAAAAAAAUUUGGCGAACUCUUUCUCUUGAAAAUGGUUCGUAGUAUUGUGUGUAAAGAACCCAAAGUUUGUUUGUGUUACUAGUUAUUUGUACUACAGGACUCUUGAUGUUAAAUAGCUAUAUCUUUUGAAUUGUAAUGAGUUGGACAC